AUGUCGGCUAAGGAUCACGCCAGCUCCGACAAGGACACCAGCGCCACCGCUGUGCCCGAGUCCAACCCGGGCUCUGCGUCACUCUCUGAGUCAACCCCGUCUAUACUCCAGGCCUCUGGCACCGAGACUGCCGUAACAUCAUCCUCGCAGUCGCCUGUUCAGCGUGCUGUCGAUGCGGACGACGUCAAAGUCGAUGCAGACCAUGCCUCGGAAGCUGACAUUCGGGCUCGAAUCGAGAAGAAGAGGCUAGAGCACGAACAGCAACGCGCCAUGCACCAAAAGGCUUUCGAGCAACAGAUGGCCCUGUUGGAAAAGCAGCAGCGCGAAGAAGAGCAGCAUCUCCUGCUUCAGCGACUUCCCAACAACGAGGCUGGCAAUACCUCUGCUGCUGCUGCUUCCGCUCCCACCACCCCUCCCAACGAAGCUGUCACCGCCGACCCCAAGUCCACUGCUGCUGGCGCCGCUGCUCAGAACGAAAACGAUGCUGUUGCCCAAUCCAAGCCACUCUCCCACCUCUACCGAUCCAUGCCUUCUUCUCGCCGCCAGUCUGGCGAGGCGCAGCGUUCGACCGACGAGCUUGCCUCGGCUGUCAAUGCCUUGUCGAUCGCCGGUAAGGCAAGCAACCAUGCCGCUGUCAAGGGCGAAAAGGGCGAAAACUUCACUCCUAUCUUCAACGAGCAGUUCCUUUUUGACGACGAGCUCGACAACGAGGACUCGGCUUUCGUCAAGAAGUACAAUCUCAAGGCUAACGACGGUCAAUUCCCUGUUCUCGCGCAACGCGACACAGCCGAAUGGCCCAAAUUUGGUGGCGGUGCUGGUACUGCUGCUGCUGAUGCAGCGGGCAACGCAGCUGGCGACACCACUGCCUCUUCGGUGCGUGGUUCCGUCACCAGUAAGUCGCCCCCGCCCGGUCAAGGGACGCCCAGCAUGGCUGCUUCGUUUGGCACUAGCUCCGGCCGCCAACAGAGCGGCUUUCCGCUGCCCUCGCCCUCGCCACGCCUCUCGCAGACCGGACGAUCUUCGCCGGCCAUCAACGCUGCCACCUUCGCAGGGGUCGCCUCUCGACAAGCCAGUGGUCCUGGCUCUCCCUCUCCCGGCCUCGGAGGACUCAGUGGCGACGUGGGACGAUCCGGCGGUGGAUCGCGCUUUGUCAACACUGCCGUUUCCAUCCCUGCUGCAGCCGCUGCUAACCUCAAGAACCACAACGUGGCCGCUGCUACCGCUGCCGGAGGCGGAACUGCUGCUGCUACCGCUGUUUUUCCUAGCUUCAACCUUGGCGCCUUCUCCGGUGCCUCUACAGGCAGCGAAAGCCCCAGCCGUUUCGGUCCCUACUCUCCCAACAGCUUCGACGCUGCUGCCGCCGCCGAUGCUCGACGCGGCAGCCGACCCUCGUCUGGCUUCUUUGACGCCUUCAACCCGACCGCCGGUGCCAACGCGCCUGGCUCGCUCUUCCCCACCGACAAGUACUCGAUGGGCAUGGUGGGAGCCGACGAUCACGCCAAGCUUGGCGGUUUGGGUCCUCACGGUGCCGGCGCUGCUGCCAAUGCCGCGCUCGCCAAGCAUGCUCGCAAGGGCGAGCUGGAUGCCACCACGCAGCUCGAGGACCUGCAGGGCGACAUCUUUGCGCUGUGCAAAGACCAGCACGGAUGUCGCUUCCUGCAGAAGAAGCUCGAGGAGAGCAACCCUGCUCACCGCGACAUGAUCUUCUCCGAGACGUUCACCCACUUUGCCGAACUCAUGACCGAUCCCUUUGGCAAUUACCUUUGCCAAAAGAUGCUCGAGUACUGCACCGACGAGCAGAGGAACCUGAUCGUGGAGCUGGUGGCGCCCGAGCUGGUGACCAUCUCGCUCAACAUGCACGGCACACGCGCCGUGCAAAAGAUGAUCGACUUUCUCUCGACGCCGCGUCAGAUCCACUCGAUCAUCGUUGCGCUCUCGAUGAAUGUGGUAACGCUCAUCAAGGAUCUGAACGGCAACCAUGUGGUGCAAAAGUGCCUCAACCGACUCGGAGCCGAGGACAAUCAGUUUAUCUACAACGCGGUGGCUGCGCACUGCGUCGAGGUGGCCACGCACCGCCACGGCUGCUGUGUGCUGCAGCGCUGCAUCGACCACGCUUCCGAGGCGCAGCGCGUCCAACUGGUGGCCGAGAUUACCUACAAUGCGCUGACACUGGUGCAGGACCCGUUCGGCAACUAUGUGGUGCAGUACGUGUUGGAUCUGAGCAUCCCGCGCUUUACCGAUGCGGUGGUGCGUCAGUUUGUCGGCAACGUCUGCCUGCUCUCCGUGCAGAAGUUUAGCAGCAACGUGAUGGAAAAGUGCAUCCGUGUUUCUGAGCCCGGAGUCCGUAAGCAGCUGAUCGAGGAGCUUCUCAACCGGACCCGCUUGGAAAAGCUGCUGCGCGAUUCGUUUGCCAACUAUGUUGUGCAGACCAGUCUGGACUAUGCCGAUCCUGUGCAGCGCAUGCGUCUGGUGGAGUGCAUCCGACCCAUCCUGCCGGUGAUCCGAAACACGCCGUAUGGCAAGCGCAUCCAGAGCAAGCUGCAGCGCGACAAUCUGGAUCUGGGUCCGCCCAACGGAGUGCCGUACUCGGUGCUACACGCUGCCCACCAGCAGCAGCUGCAUGCUAUGGCUGCCAUGGCCGGAGGUGGGGCUGGUGGAGGGCGGGGAAAUGUCGGUUACAUGGGCAUGAACGCCUACGGACAUCCUCCGCCAGGUGGACCGAUGAACCAGAUGGCGCCUCCGCCUGCGCACAUGCAUUCGCACACCCCGCACCACCUUGCUCCCCAGCAGCACAUGUAUGGUGGCGGCGGUGGCGGUGGAGCUGGAGGACCUGGUGGUGGGGGCAGUCCGAACAUGCGUGGAGGACACGGUCGUCAUGGUGGUCACAACCUGCCGCCGCCCAACUUUGCACAGGGCGGUGGAUAUGGCAAUGGCGGAUUCAACGGGUCACUGCCGCCUCCGAUGGGCAUGCAGCAAGGAGGUGCCGGAGGACGUAGUGCUUCAGGUGGAUUUGCCAACAAUGGCGGUGCUGGUGCCGGUGCCGCCGCUGGUGGAGGAUACGGAAACUACUGA